AGUUUUCUUUUUGUUCGCUCUCAAAAGUACUUUUUUUAACCGAAAUUUCCGAAUUGCUUGUUAGUCAAACUUGAUGGUAAUGGCAAGUUGCUUGUCAAUAUUGUCUUUACCACAUCGAGAGGUGGGGUCUAGAAAAAUUCGUUUUAUUUACUUGGUAGAUUUAGCAUCAUUUAGACUAACAGAAUGUCCCAACCAGAGUCGAGUGGUUCCACUCUUUUUGGGUGCUGACGUCCUCUCCAAUACUGGCACCCGGACAGAGAACCAACCAAGGAACCAUGCCAGGUUUUCCAAGAAAGAACUUGCCACAAAAUUAAGAUUUUCCCCAGAAUUUAGGUUUCAGGGGUUGAAGGUGUCUGCUGCAGAAAACAGCAUGUGGUUUUACAGCAUUCAGGGCCUUUUUCGAGUGGCCUUUGAAAUGUACAGCAAGCAAGACCAGCUGGCAGUAAUGGAAAAUUUACAAGAUAUCUGGAAAUCACAAAUAAAUGACAGCCCGCUAAAACCACAUUACCACCUGAAUGUGUACCAUGACUCAUCACCGCCUCUCAGCAUCUUGGAUAUCCCACUGAAACGCAAUCCCUCACUUCAUCAGACUGACGAAGAAAUGAGAAAUGCAUGUGGAAAUGAAACAGCUGAUACUUCAGUUGAUCAUGACUAUUGUUUUUCAAGAGAUGGCAUCCACAAUAAAAAAACACAGUUACUUGUGUGGAGACUCAGACAAAAGUUGCACAGCUUAGAAAAACAGCUCUCCUCUCCAUCCCAAAGCUUUGCAGAACAACUCGACACCGUCUUGGUCCUUGUGGAGUGCGUUGAUCAGUACACAAAAGGGAAUCUAGAAGAAAAGGAUGCAACUGUUGCUAUUUUAGCUCUGCUUAAGGCUAAAGACUGGACAAAGGACUCCGUAUAUUCAAGUUACCUGCUCACUUCUAUAGGGCGUUGGCUUGGAGAACAGUUUCAUGCAGCCCACAGCAGCAUUAGCCACAGAGUGGAGGGCUUUAAAGUUCAGCAUAUAGAGCAAAUAAGUGACCUGCCACCAGCUGAGGAGCUGGCCAAAGAACUGUUUCCUGAAGCAAUGCAAGCUCUGCUGCUUCAUUGGAUGGGCUUAUGUGAGGAGUCGACUCUAGAAAAAAGACACUGUGAAUAUCCAAUUUUGCUUCUUAUUCUGGAGUUCGCAAACCAUAACCUCAUAACUGGUGUAGCACAUGUGCUUUAUUCAAGCUUAAUAUGCAAAUAAGAGGAGUUUUAGAGGUAACUUGCUGGAAAACUCUGGUGUAUGAAGUCUCAUUUUAUGGGGUCUUUGAUUCAGCUUCAGACAUGUGAAUCUAAUAAACAUUUGAGCUGUGUUGAUGUUUCUGAAUACACCUGAGAAGUUGGAGCAUUUAUGACUCAGAAUGGUCAACCUCU